GGACACGCUGUUAAUAAAAACUAACGCCACAUCCUUAAGCGAGUCGGUGACCGUUACGACGCGCUCGAUAUGAUGGCUGUUGUUGUGUUAUUGUGUGUAGCUUAGCACGUUUAGUUGGUGAUAAAGUGUGAUUUAACAACGCUUUUACAUCAAUGAAACCGUUGGACUCGGACGAAGAGGAUUCGGACCAGCUGGAGGCGAAACAGAGGGAGCUGCGGCAGCGAGCCAACUGGAGCCUCCAGCAGCUGAGCAGUGCUCUGGAGCAGCUGAACUCUGAUGGAGGCGAUGGCAACCUCUUCACGACUCUGUCCGAAGAGGACAAAGCUGCAUGGAGCCACAAGACGCAGAGUGAAGCAGUUAAUCAGCUGAAGAGUCUUCUACUGAAGCAGUGCGGAGAAAUCCCCCCUCCUCUCUCUUCUGCUGAGAAACAGUCUCCAUCCAAGAGAGUGCAGCAAGAGGCCAGGUCCAGUUUACCUGCCUUUCAGGAUUUGGUCCCAAUGAUUCACAACCAGUCGGAGUACAUCCAACACCUGGAAGCCGAGGUCAAACUCUGCAAGGAAGAGCUGCAGGGCAUGAAACAGCGGAUCAGAGUUGUGGUGGUGGAAAACGAGAAACUGCAUUCAGAGCUCAAAUCCAAAGCUGUGGAGGAAUCUUUAAGAGAUUACACGAUCCGAAACUCCACGGUGAAUGAAAGUAUGGCCCACAGCCACAUAACCUCCAAUACAGACCACAGUGUGCUGCAGAGAGCAGAACACAACACAUGGAAAAAUGAGCUAGAACAGUUGAAAGUGAUCUACCAGACCCAGAUUGAAAGCUUGGAAGCUCAGGUCGUCUCUCUCAGGAAGGAUCUGUCGGUCAGUCAGAAGGAGUGUGAGGAGGUGAAGGUUCGUCUGAGGCACAGAGAGAAACAGGCUGCAGAUGCACUGAGGGCUGAUGGAGCUCCCCGUGUGGCCGGAUUGUGUCUGAAGUGUGCACAACAUGAAGCUGUGUUGGCUGGAACUCACACAAACCUGCAUGUCCAGGCUAUUGACAGGCUCACAAAAGAGCGUGAUGAGUUACUGGUGGCUCUGUGUGCUGUGAGAGCAAGUCAACAAGAGGCUCAACAGAGGGAGUGGUCAGCCUGUCUUCAGGUCAAACAGGCUGUGGAGAUGGCGGAAGAAGCAAAUCUGCAUAAAGCCAGGGUGGAAGUGCAGUGUGGGCAGUUAUCCAGGGAGCUGGCCCGCCAGAGGGAACAGCUAGACCGAGAAGCUCUCGCGAUGCACGAGAGACUAGCUGAAGCCAGAGAAGAGGGCCGGGCUGAGUCUCGGAAACAAAAGGAGGAGCUAGCACAAACAGUGUCUAGCCUCUCCCAGCGUGUAGCUGAGUUGGAAGGACAGCUGGACAGAGCUCACAGAGACAAGACUUCACUGACCAAUCAGCUGGAAGACACUCUCCACAAACUCACCAGUCAGGAGCAAGACAAUACCCAGGUGUGUGUGGACCUGAGAUAUCAGCUCAGCCAGGCCAAACUGAAGAAAGAGGAGGCAGAAAGAGAUCUCAGAGAGCUGAAAGCCAAGACCAGUAGACAGAUGGAAAAGGCUGCACAGGAAGUGGAAAGGCUGAGCUCAGAGCUGGUUGGCUGUCGGCAGCAUCUGGAGGCGGUCCAAAAGGACGGGAGCCAAUGGCAGGCCGAAGCCCUGAGCCUAGCAGAACAGCUGGCAAAUGCCCAGCGCCAACUGCACCUCACCAGACAGGACAGAGAGAACGCAGAACGGGCUCACAAGGAGGAAAUGGCGUCCGUGACACUUUCAACGCGGGAAAGAGAACGAGAGCUGACUGUGACGCUGCAGCAAACCGAGGCUCGACAUCAGCAGAGAGUUGGAGAGUUGGAUGAUCUCCUGAGUUCCCAGAAUUCCCUGAUCAGGAAGCUGAAGGAGGAGUGCUGCAAACUGGGGUCCAAACUGGAGGAGCGGACAGAAAACAGCAGAAGUGAGCUGGAACAGCUGGCGUUGGAGAAGCACCACUUGGAGGAGACUGUGAAGAGUCUGAGAACUCGCUGCUCCAACAUGGAGGAACAGUGCGUCCAACACGGCCGCAUGCACCAACGCAUGAAGGACAGGCUGCAGCAGUUGGACCGUCACUGUCAGAGCAGCGCCCAGCAGGUGUGUGAGCUGCUGGUCAAACAGAACCAGCUGAUGCAGGAGAGAAACACACUCAGCGAGGAGAUGCAGAACCUACGCACAGAGCUGCCGAACACUUUGUCCACAUGAGCGAGUCUGUCCGGACCGUUUGCUCCGCUUCAUCCUGUGGAUCCGGACGUUUCGUUACACAGAACACAAACUCUUAUUUAUGGUUUCGUAUCGAGGACUUUGCUCAGGGAGACGAGGACAUUUUUGUGUGGAUGUAGUGUUUAACUGAUUUGUUUUAUUAGAAAUCGAGGAGACUGAUUUAGAAUUUGAAGUAAAAAUGAAAAGCUUGAGGUCAAAAUCGAGAACAUCUCAAACUCCAGUGCCAAACUUUGGUGCAUAAUUAAGGGGAUUUUUCAACAUUUAUCCCUCAGUGUUGACAGGCGGUUACUUCCAACCAAUCAGAGCAUCAGCAUCAGAGUCAAAGUAGAUUAUUUUUCAGAAUUUCAUUGCGAGUCACUUUUUAAAAAAUAACUGAUUAUCGGAGGUGAAAAUAAUCAGUUGACCCCUACAUUUAAAUGUUUACACUUUUUAUCUUAAAUGUGGUACAAUUGUUGAUGUGUUGACUUGUUAGAAUGCUGUGUCAGGAUUUUCUUUUUUAUACCUUCAUAAUUUUUUUUUACAUUAAUACAUAAAACAUCUGAUGCACCAAUAUGAACUUUUGGAACAAUGACUAUUUUCUUACUAAUUUUCAAGCAGUAAGUUUCUGUAUUAUCUUUCUUUUUAUUACCUUUCCUUGACAGCUGGUCGAUAGAAAGUUUGUGAGGAAAGCGAGCGUCGGUGCUCAGACCCUGCAGUCAUGUAACACGCUGCCUGAGCCUCACCUUAUUUCAUGUGUUUUUACAGGAAAAACUCUGAAGAAUAUUUCUGCCUUCUUGUUUAAUUUUUGAACCCUUAAUGUGAGCUGAGAGUUCAGACGGUUCUAAAGCGAACAGAGAGUCGACACGGUGGCAGCAGAUUGACAUAGUGCUUUAUUGAAGCUGUCUGUAAGAAGGAAAAUAAUGUGCAUCCCUAUCAUAUACAUUUUAUGUGUAAAAAUACUAAGGAUGUACAGUGUAAAAAAACAGCUUCAUGUUGAUGGUAAUUGUUGUUUUCACAUCCUCGCGGCCUCACUGGCCAACAGCACUGCAUCCUGACAGCAUGAAGACAGAAAAAGCCUGUUUGAUCUGCUUUUCUGUGAAUCUUUCUGGAUCCGCUGAGUUUCCCGACACUGUCUCAGAGUCAACACGGCCUCUGCUCCUCCGACACGUCGGGGAAACAUGUCUCACACAACUGUAGAGCUACAGUAGACGGACGCGGCGUUAAAACCCAGUUAUACUUUGUAAUAUUUGCACGUUUGCUGUUUUUUUUGUUUGCUGUUUAUAAAUAAAUGCAUCUCAUGCUUGUUUAUGUUAAUAA